AUGGCUCAUCCCUUCUCUUCUGGCCCUAUGGGCUCAUUCGUUCUUGCCCCCCCUCCCCGCGGCAGCCGGACUAGCCCCCCGGUGGAGCCCAUUCCUGCCUGGAGCCGAGAUGCUGCCCCUCCAGCAGUCACCAGAGCCCAGCCCCCACUCCCGUCCCCUGGGCACUCUCCGUCCUCCUCCCUCUCCUCCUCCCCCUCCUCCUCUCCCUCCUUCUCUCCGUCCUCCUCCCCGUCCUCCUCCCCGUCCUCCUCGCCGGCGUCCUCCACCUCCUCGUUGCCGGGCUGGCAGAAAGCCAAUACCUGGAGACGUUCUUCUCCACUGCCGGCCAGCCGCCCAGGACUUCCCGCCUUUUGCGACGUGAAGCCAGGGCAGGUGUUCCACCUGCCGAUGGAGUUUCGGGUCCCAACGAACUCCAGGCUUCACGCGAGGGUGGCCCAACUGGUCAACCAGGCCAUCUUCGACCACCCCGUUGUGGUCACCAGCAAGGGCGCGGGCGAGACCGUCAAGUUCCGCGUCCUAACUUCUUUCACGGACAAGACCGGAGGGGGUGGGAUCCUCGCCACCAGCAAGUCGCCGAAGUCGCGGGAGAAGUUUCUCCUCGCCCAGAACCUCUGUAACUGGGUCGCGACACAUGACGGCACCCGCCUCUUGACGGUGUCGUCCGGCUCUGAGGUCUUCAAGAAGCCGACUUAUGUCAACAUCCAGUGGGACCAGGAGUUCGAGAUCGAGUACCAACACCUCGCCGCCUGGUCGACGACCAAUGGUCAGCCAAUCACUUUCGACCAGGCGUCCACCGAGGCGAUUCUCAACUGCUGGUCCUACUGA